UCCUUAUAUUAGACAGUGAUCGAAAUCAAACACAAGCCAGAAGAAGAAGAAGAAGCAAAGAUCGAAGGGUUUUGUUUUUGUGAAGAGUGAGAGAAAAACAGAGAAGUUAUCCAUGGCAGAGAAGCAAGUGAUGGUUGUGGCGGCCGACGAGAGCGAGCACAGCGCCUACGCUCUGGAGUGGACUCUGGAACACUUCGUCACCCCGUUCGGCCCCAACACGCCGUUCAAGCUCGUCAUCGUCCACGCCAAGCCCAUGCCUUCCUCUGUCGUCGGCCUCGCCGGUCCCGGCGCGGCGGAGGUUCUGCCGAUUGUGGAUGCUGAUUUGAAGAGGCAGGCUGCCCGCGUUAGUGAGAAGGCCAAGGAAUUUUGUGAUUCUAAAUCGAUAAAAGAUGUGGUCGUAGAGGUGAUAGAAGGCGAUGCCAGGAAUGUACUCUGUGAUGCUGUGGAAAGACACCAUGCAUCCGUCUUGGUUCUGGGUAGUCAUGGCUAUGGAGCCAUCAAAAGGGCGGUUUUGGGAAGUGUAAGUGACUAUUGUGCUCAUCACGCUCACUGCAGUGUUAUGAUCGUGAAGAGGCCUAAGACCAAACACUAAAGCCUCCUAGCUGAUUGCCUGCUCAAAAUGUUCGCGAUAUUACGAUACCUACAAUAAAUUGGAUCACUCCGGUUUAAAUAGUUUGAUUGUUUAGACUUCAAAAUAUAGCAUUGGCGUGUAUUAUGUAGCUGAGGAUUGAAGCUCAAACUUCUGUUUAAUCAGUACUUUUGUAUAAACAGUUGUGAUUGAUGGCUUGCUGCACAUAAUGAGCACGUCCCACAAGUAAUAAAGUACCUUUUUCAUUACAGAGAA